CCGUUUGCUGUAUUCGCGCCUCCCUCCAACGCCUUUCUGCCACACGUGGAUGUUGCGCGAGGCAUAAACAACAACAUGGCAAGCAACGGACUCUCUUAUGACGGCUGUAAUUUUUUCAGACAGCGGCUGGUUUUAUCGACUCUCAGCGGGAAGCAUGUGAAAAUAAAAAACAUCCGGUCUAAGGACGACAACCCGGGGCUUCGCGAUUUCGAGGCCAGCUUUGUCAGACUACUCGACAAAGUGACCAAUGGUUCCAGAAUAGAGAUAAAUCAAACAGGUACCAUGUUGUUCUACCAGCCUGGUCUGCUGUAUGGAGGCUCUGUAGAACACGACUGUAACCUACAGCGUUCGAUCGGGUAUUACCUGGAGGCGCUGCUCAUGCUAGCCCCUUUUAUGAAGACGCCUUUGAAGGCAACUCUCAGAGGAGUUACUAAUGACCCCACAGAUCCGACGGUUGACCUGUUGAAGUCCACAGCUCUGCCUCUGAUGAAAAGGUUUGGGAUUGAUGGAGAAGGUUUUGAUUUAAAGGUGGUGAAAAGAGGGAUGGCACCAGGUGGUGGUGGAGAAGUUGUUUUCACGUGUCCGGUUUGCAGAACCAUGAGACCAGUCCAGCUGACCGACCCAGGAAAGAUCAAGAGGAUCCGAGGAGUAGCAUAUUCUGUUCGCGUUUCGCCUCAGAUGGGUAACAGGAUUGUGGAGUCAGCCAGAGGUGUCCUCAACCAGUUUCUCCCGGACAUCUACAUCUACACAGACCACAUGAAAGGAGCCAACUCUGGAAAGUCUCCGGGUUUUGGUCUAACGCUGGUGGCAGAAACGCUCGAUGGCUGCUUCCUCAGUGCCGAGAUGUCCUCCACGCCACAGGGCCAGGGGGACUCCGUUCUGCCAGAGGACCUCGGCAGAAAUUGUGCUAAGCUGCUUUUGCAAGAGGUGUAUCGGGGUGGCUGUGUGGACUCAUCCAAUCAGAGCCUGGCGCUGCUGUUGAUGACCCUUGGCCAACAGGACGUGUCAAAGUUUCUGCUCGGACCACUCUCACCAUACACAAUCGAGUUCCUGAGACACAUCAGAGAUUUCUUCCAGGUCAUGUUCAAGAUUAAGGUCCAGAAGCCAUCAGAAGACGAGCGAAAGGGUGGAGAGAAAGUUCUGAUGACUUGUGUCGGAGUGGGCUAUAGCAAUAUAAACAAAACGGUUAAAUAAACAAUCUUUUUGUAUAAA